AAAUUCAUAAACUUUGUAAAGAAUUAAGUAAAAUUUGUUCUCGAUUUAACUUUGUUGAUGAACUUCAUGCAAAUCUUGAGAGCAUGCGACAAGAUGCAAAGACAAUACAGAAUACUAAUCUCCGAAAGAAUGCAGAAUCAGAGAUCGCAAGACUUGAAAAAUUAGCAAAUGAUUUGUCUUCCAAUGCGCGCCAAUAUGCCUCGACAUCUUUUAAUUCUGACACAAAUGAUUCUGACACAUAUAAUUCCAACUCGUAUAACUCCAAUACAUAUGAUUCGAACGCAAAUGAUUUUAAUGCAUCAAACUAUGAAAAAUCUAAACCAAAAAAAAUCA